AUGCUGAAUCCUGGUGGCUUCGCCGGAAGCCGCUUGAAGUUUCUAGAGGGUGAAUUGCCAGCGUACACGAAGGCAGUCGUAAACAACAGAGAGGACAACUUCAUUCUGGACCUUUGGCGGCGAUACUUCAAACGUUAUCCAGUGGACCUGGCGGACAACGUAGAGCCGACAGAAGAGACGCUUGCCAGUGUCAACGAUAACGAGCCAGACGAGGAACUAGAGCCACCCAAAAAGGAGACGAUGACGGAGGAAGAGUACACCAACCAGCUGCUGAAGUUCAACCAGACGAAGGAAGCUAUCAAAAAGAAGAAACAGAAAAUCAAGCGUUGGCUCGCUUAUCGGCAGAAGAAGGUCCCUGACUUAGGGAAAGUCAAGGAUUCGCUCCCCGACACCGACGAUCCCGCAAUCAUCAUGCUGGCGCGGCUUACUGGCGCCAGCAUUUCAAAACCUCGGCUUCCAAUUGCCUACAACGUGUGGGGGCAUGUCAACAAGCAGAAAAUCAAUGACGCGUACACCAACACACACAUUUACAAGCCGCUGCCAAAGAAUCUGCAAGCUGCAGAGUGCACACGAAUAAAUAAGGCGCUUUUCAACGCGUUGCCCUUGGACAAGCGUAAGAAGUACAUCAAAAUGGCCAAGAAAGAGGGCGACGAGAAGUUGAACGAGUGGAAGAAUAAGUUGUCUGCGCCCCUGUCCACAGACCCAGAGGAUCGACAAAGGUGCAUUGCGGCCCUUCCGAUUUUUGCCCAGCCCAUUUUGGAUCUCAUUCACGUGCACACCAACAUGCAAGCCACCUUAAUUGUGGGUGGACCUGAGCCUGCUGAUGGAGGUCAUUUAAACAUAAUCAGCAUGCAUGCUGGCUCUAUCAAAGGGCCAGUGGUACGUUCAAUUCGUCCAUAUUCUGCAUACGUUUUCUCAUUUCUUGUCUCAGCCAAGUCGGAAUGUCGUGCUCAAGCCCUCCCUUCCUCCAACCCCGUUUUAUCCCGGCUCACGGGCAACAAGGUCUCCGUGCACAGGGCCGAUUGGGACAUAGAUCCUUCGGCUGCUGCCGCGGCCCCUCUCAACUCUGCACCACGCCCUUCUACCCCAGUACCUUUGCGCCCUGCUUCCCCGCUCUCUGCCCAUGGAUCUCCUCCACCCUCCCUGCGCGGAUCUCCUCCACCCUCCCUACCCGGAUCUCCUCCCCAUUCUCCAGAUCCUAUUCGUCCCAGUGACGCGCGCGAAGAGGAGUCUGUUUCUGGAAAGAAAAGGAAGGCUUCAUCAUCGUCUAUCGUAGAUUCCGGUGCAGGGGGUGAGAGGGGCGGGGCUAAAAAGAGGAGGGGCAUGACUUCUGCCAAGGGAAGUUGUGUAGGACGAGGAAAGAGGAUCCGGUCGACGGCCAAUGCUGGAGCUCAAGGCAGCAAGUCAGCGCCAUUGACGAAAUCGUCGAUCUCGAAGGUGAAGUCGCCCACCGUGCCUGUUUCUGCCCAGCCACCCAUCUGUGGCUCCUCCAACCCCCUCCCUUCUUGGUUCACCUCCUGUUCGACAAUGCUUCGUUCACACGACUUGGGCCUCGCAUGGCUGAAACUAGUUGGCCUGUGGGAGGCAUUUGAACAACAGCACAGCUUCAAACCAGCAGACAAACAAUCCAACCUCUCCAGCUUCAAACGCCCCCCUUGCAUAGCGGAGUGGUUGAAGAAUGCACGCAGGCCUUCUUGGAGGCCCUCGUUCAAGGACGUGGGGGAGGAUUUGACACCCAUCACCAAGCCUGGAAUAAACGGCCUUCUAAGCAUGAUGGCCACCCUUUUUUUCUGGGGUGCUUCCUGUGGACCGACGUCGGCUUGGGCAGAACGUCUCGAAGACGUCUCAGCGGCGUUAGCGAACUUAGUUGUACGAAGCCAGGAACAAAGCCAAGAAGAACACCAGGCACGCCAAAAGGAUGAAGCCAGACACAUAAGACACAGCACGAUAAAGGGCGAGGACGACGACGAGCCAGACACAGCACGAGAAACGGCGAGGACAACGACUAGGGCGACAACAAUGACAAUGACGAGGGGGCAGAAGACAAUGACAAUGACGAGGGGGCAGAAGACGACGAAGGGCAUGAAGACGAUGGCAUGGCGACAGCCAGGAACGCCAAGUACGAAGCCAAGAAACAUCGCCAGAUACAGAAACCAUGAGCACAACGACGAGAGGGUGGAAGAUGACAAUGGGCAUGAACAUGACAAAGGCGAGGACAACGACGAGAGGCAAGGCUGCCAAUUACUGUACAUGUUUCCUGGUAGCCAGCUAGCAGGCUGGGCAGUUAGGGGAAUUGAUGCAUCAGCCACUACAGGUGUAAAUGCGGGUGUCAGGGUUAUUCGUCUAUAUCUCUCUGUUGUCGAUACAGGUGUCGAUGUUCCUGUUACUGGUGUCUGUGAUGCAGGGGGACUGCUACCCUUGUCUGUGCUUUCGUACUGUUCUUCGCCGGAUGUGAAGGUGUCAGUUCUUGGUUCUGGUUCUGAAUCUGAGCUUUCUGCUGGUGCUCGUAGUGUCCAACGGUUCGACUCUCUUUGA